GACGGACCAGAGAAAGGAAGUGUACUGCACCAUUUAGGGUCUCCGCUUCCGGCUACUGCCGGGUCACUCAAGGCUGUGUAGCUUCAGGUUUCUGGAGAGUUGUAGAAGCUGUCUGAACAUCCAGACCGGUUUAUUGCGGUGCCAGACUAGACAGGCUGAUUUUGGCUGCUCCUGUUUGCACCUUGCAGCCCCUUGUCGAAGCAGAUGAUGUCUUGGGCUGCCGCCCGCCUGACAGAGACUGCUGCCCGAUGCUUUCGUGCGCGAUGCCUCGGUUUCCGCGUGGGUCCUUGGUGCGUCUCCCAGCAUGAAAACUCCAGCUAUGGUGCAGCUCCACACAGGACGCUGCGUGUCAGCGCUGUGGCCUUCGCGGGACACAAUAAAUGGUCUAAAGUCCGGCACAUCAAAGGCCCCAAGGACAUGGAAAGGAGUCGAAUCUUCUCUAAACUCACUCUCAGUAUCCGCCUGGCGGUUAAAGAGGGAGGUCCUAACCCUGAGAACAACAGCAGCCUGGCCAACAUCUUAGAGGUGUGUCGCAGCAAGAAUAUGCCCAAGUCAACCAUUGAGUCAGCACUGAAGUCAGAGAAAAACAAGGGCAUUUAUUUGCUGUAUGAGGGUCGUGGCCCUGGUGGCUCUUCUCUGCUCAUUGAGGCAUUAUCGAACAGUGGUCCCAAGUGCCAUCUGGAAAUUAAAUAUAUCCUGAACAAGAAUGGGGGAAUGAUGACUGAAGGAGCACGUCACUUCUUUGACAAAAAAGGAGUGGUUGUGGUUGGAGUAGAGGAUAGAGAGAAGAAAGCUGUGAACCUAGAGCGCGCCCUAGAACUGGCCAUCGAAGCAGGAGCUGAGGAUGUGAGGGAAGCUGAAGAUGAAGAGGAAGAAAAGAACCUUUUCAAAUUUAUUUGUGAUGCUUCUUCACUACAUCAAGUGAGGAAAAAACUGGACUCCCUGGGCCUGUGUUCUGUAUCCUGUUCACUGGAGUUUAUCCCCCACUCAAAGGUGCAGCUGUCUGAACCUGAGCUGGAGCAGGCUGUCCACCUCAUCCAGGCUCUUAGCAACCAUGAGGACGUGAUUCACGUUUAUGACAAUAUCGAAUAACCAGACCUGACUACAUGUGUCUCCAGGCUCUUUUCCUAGGCCAGCACGAGCGUCUACAGCCAUCUCAGAGACUGGACAGGUGGGAUCCUGUCAGAGACCUGUGCAAUGGCUUAUGGCCUUGGGAAAAAGGGACUCUUAGCUCUUGGUAUCACAGGGUCAUCUGGAAUACAAGGUGAGAGUGGCAGGCUAGUCUGACUGCGAUCCCAGGUGACUGGCUCUUGUGAAGAAUCUUAAGCGUCCUGUGGUACCGUGGAGUGGAAAAUGACUUCAGUAAUAAUUGUAGUGGUUUUUGGA